UUUUGCGAAACCUCAAGUCAUUCACCGUAAAACUAAGUGGAAAUGUUCAUCCCAAAGGCUAAUCGCGUUGCUAUCUACGAGUCCCUCUGCAAGGAGGGCAUCAUGUUGGCCGAAAAAGAUUUUAAAGUCCAGCACGAGCAGUUGAAGUCCAUUCCCAACGUGCAGGUCAUCAAGACCAUGCAGUCGCUGACUUCACGCGGCAUCGUCAAGGAGCAGUACAACUGGCGUCACUACUACUGGUGUGUGACCAACGAGGGCGUCGACUUCUUGCGCCAGUAUCUUCACUUGCCCCCAGAGGUUGUGCCCGCAACCUUCAUGCCUCGCGCUCGCGCCCCUCACACUCGCCCGCGCGCACGUUCAUCUGAUGCCAAGCCACGCGGCGAAGACGAGGACCGUGCGGCCUAUCGCCACGGGCCACCCGGCGCCAACAACACGGACAAGAAGGGAGAUAUCGGACCCGGCAGUGGCCAGUUUCACUUUCGUGGCGGAUUCGGACGCGGCAAGCCCGCCUAAGCUCAACUUUUUGGAUGUACAAAUAAAAUGCACAAAACUUUUGUGAAAAUUCCCAA